AUGGCUGGGCCCAGCGCAGCGGUGCCGUCGAACAACUCCUUCGUCUCCUUUGACGACAUGGGCAAGUCCUGGAGCGCCAGCGCACCCUACGGCAGGCCCAUGGAGGAGCGAGCUGAUGGCAGCGCGAGCAAUUUCCAGCAGAUGGGCAUGGCAAAUGCGAUGAGAGCCAACGCAGGCCCGUGUGGCAACUUCUUCGCUGGCCCGGGCGAUGCAAGCGCCUCCAUGGGCAGCGGCUGUUUCGGUGGCGCUGGAUCCGACAGCUCCGACGCCACGCCGCUGAAUCCGAUGAUGGCUAUGGCCCAGAUGAUGCUGGAGACACAGAAGAAGCUGAAAGAAGCCCAGGACAAGAUGAACAAGGUGUCCGAAGUCACUGGCACCGGCCGCUCGGCGGUGGCGGCGGUGGCUGCGGUGGCUGUGCUGGCUGCGGCGGCUGUACUGGAAGCGGAGGCUGCGGCGGCUGUACUGGCUGCGGCGGCUGUACUGGCUGCGGCGGCUGUACUGGCUGCGGCGGCUGCGGCGGCUGUGGCGGCUGUGGCGGCUGCGGCGGCUGUGAACCUUCAAGCAGAGACGCCCGAAUUCGAAGAGCUUGUGGAUGUUGCGGGAUGGGGACUGGCUGCGCGAUGGGAGGUACCGCUCCCGCUCCCGUCUCAGAUGCGGGCCUUGGAGAAAUUGAGGAUGUAG